AUGUCAGGGACUCAAUGCUGUGAAAACCCUCCAACUUUGAACUCAGCAAGUGGAGCUGGGCCUGGGCAUCUAGAUAAAGUGGCUGGCCUCGAUUCCUAUGUCGCUGGCUCUCCUGAUUCCAAGUCCGCCAUUGUUUUCGUCUCCGAUAUCUUUGGAUAUGAUGCUCCGAAUUUGAGCAAGUUUGCAGACAAGGCUGCAGCUGCUGGGUACUAUGUGGUUUUUCCUGACUUCUUCUAUGGAGAUCCUUACGCCGUUCCUGGUAACGCAGAGAGGACCAUGCAAAUCUGGUUGCAAGAUCAUGGACCGGCUAAGGGAUUCGAGGAUGUCAAGCCUGCCACUGCCAUCAAGAGCCUGAAAAGUAAAGGCGUCACUGCAAUUGGAGCUAUUGGUUUUUUGCUGGGGUGGUAUGAUAUUAGAUACUACUGCUCAUAG